UUCACGUCUUUGCCAACCAACAUGGCUGCGCCCAGAUCGUUUCAGCAGCUGCAAUGUUUGAAAGUCCCUUUCAGCCUGUGCUGGGGAAUCUCCCGGCUCAGUCUCCGCAGCUUUUCGUCAAUCUCUUCUCCACCAGACUCCUCCUCGAAAAAUGGGUUCAUGCAAUUUCUGUACAAUCAAUUCUAUGACAUUGAGGCCAUGCUAAACUGGAGAAUGAACUUGAAAUACUGGAACCUGCGUAGGAAAAAUGUACAAUACACGUACACACAAAAUCUGUAUGGGCAUUAUGUGGCGGCUGCUUUUUACACUCUAUCACAGAGAGGAAGUGUAAGAUUUCAAGGACAAGAAAGCUGGUACCGUCCGAACAGUCGUGGCCGAUUUAGCUGGGACUUCUUGCAGCAUAAGGAUGUGCCAUUGGAAUGCGUUGACCUCAGUGGCUCCCGAAUCGCCUAUCAGGGCUUAGAUAACAUAGUGUCCCUGAAGGAGUUACAAGAACUGAACCUCAGAGCUUGUCCUCAUCUAGAUGACUGGGCACUGAGCCGUCUGCAAGUAUUUAAGGAUUCACUGGAGGUCCUGUCGCUGGCCGGCUGCCCGCAAGUCACAGAGCGGGGUCUCGCUACCCUGCACCAUCUACAAAAACUGAAACACCUGGAUGUAUCCAACCUCCCUUCUGUAAGCAACAAAGGCUUGGUGCGGAUCCUCCUAGAGGAAGUGCUUCCUGGGUGUGAAAUUGUAGGCAUGGACUAUACAGAUGGACUGGAUCCCACACAGUCUAGUGCCUCCCACAUAUUUGAUGUAGAGACCAAAUUAGAUACUAUCAAGGGUGCAUAAUUGUGGUAUACAGCAGGAUGAAGUGGAGUGAUUGAGAACUGUCAAAGGGACAGUCUAGCCUAAAUUAAACUUUCAUGAUUCAAAUAGGACAUGCAAUUUUAAAAAAAACUUUCCAAUUUACUUUUAUCAUCAAA